AUGUCCUCCAAAUCUCUGCCAUCGACAUCCACCCCACUCCCCAUUAACAGCCGUCCAACCCCAUCCCCUUCACACCCGCCACCCUCUUCCUACUCUCCUCAUCGUGAUUUUUCUCUUUCUCUGAUGAGGGCGAAGUAUAUCCAGAACUACCCUCCACUCCAUCUCCAUACUCGUUCAGUCCUCAACGUUCAACGUCAACGUCCACCUCUUCCUCCAUCAACAUUCCUCCCCAGCGAUGGCUCAACCCUUCCCUUCCCUAACCGAAACUUGCCCCCUCUCGCCUCUCAUAUACCCCAACGCCCUCCGCAGACACCCUUCCUUCCCUGGCAUACGUGUGGCCUGCGUUUCUCAGACAGUCGCCAUAUCCCUUUGUUAGCCGUAGGAUCAAAACGUCGACGAGCCUCGGACUUGGCUGGCUUUUGGUGGUAUAUGACGCGGAUGGGAUUGGAGAGUCACCACGUGCAGCCGAUGAUAUUACCCCCUCUCAGAUCUUUUCGAGCUGGGGUGGAUCCGCAAUACGAACGGACCGGAAAACUUUUGAUCCAAGCACUGCGAGGCGACAUUCAGCUUCUUAUUCUUACCCUCCUCAAGUCCGAGCUCGAUGCCAAAGUCGAAAUUUGGAGCUCCUGA